CUAUAUCACUGGCACCCCCUCCUUCUCCUUUCCCUCCUCCCUGGAGACAGGGGAGGAGAAAAGGGGAGCGCAGGUCGUCAUGACUGAGCUUCAGGCAAAGGAUCCUCGCGCUCCCCACGCUCCGGGAGGCACACCCUCCCCCGCCAAGGUUGGGUCCCCCUUGCUGGGGCGAGCUGACUCGGGUCCCUUCCAGGGUAGCCAGCCCUCAGACACGGCCAUCCCUCUCUCCCUGGACGGGCUGCUCUUCCCUAGGUCCUGCCAGGGACAGGAGCCCCCUGAAGGAAAAACGCAGGAACAGCAGCCCCUGUCCGAAGUGGAGCGCGCGUUCUCCGGAGUCGAAGCGCCCCGGGGUGCAGGAGGUGGCCAUCCCAGGGCCCCCGAGAAGGACAGCAGAGUCUUGGACAGUGUCUUAGACACGCUGCUGGCGCCCUCCGGGCCGGGGCAGAGCCACGCCAGCCCUCCAGCUUGCGAGGCCAUCACUUCUUGGUGUCUGUUUGGCCCAGAGCUUCCGGAAGACCCCCGAGGUGUCCCUGUCACCAAGGGGGUGUUGUCCCCGCUCAUGAGCCGGCCGGAGAGCAAGGCUGCCGACAGCCCCGGUACUGGGGCGGCGCAGAAGGUGCUGCCCAGGGGCCUGUCCCCGUCCCGGCAGUUGCUGCUCCCCACCUCCGGGAGUCCUCACUGGCCCGGGGCCCAGGUGAAGCCAGCCCAACAGCCAGCUGCAGUGGAGGUGGAGGAGGAUGGUGGCCCCGAGGCCGAUGGCUCUGCUGGUCCAGGUCUGCUUCCGAAGGGCAGACCUCGGGCCCUGGGAGGCACCAGCGCAGGAGGAGUCGCGGCCAGCGUGCCCGGGGCCGCCGCCGGAGGCGUCACCCUGUUCCCCAAGGAAGAUUCCCGCUUUUCCGCUCCCAGGGUCUCCUUGGCGGAGCAGGAUGCUCCGGUGGCUCCCGGGCGCUCCCCACUGGCCACCGCAGUGGUGGAUUUCAUCCACGUGCCCAUCCUGCCCCACCAUGCCCUGCUGGCCGCCCGCACCAGGCAGCUGCUGGAGGGAGACAGCUACGACGGCGGGGUCCCCGCACCCGGCACCUUCGCCCCACCUCGAGGAGGCUCGCCCUCCGCCCAGUCCCCGCCUGUCUCCUGCGGUGACUUCCCAGACUGCGCCUACCCCGCGGACACCGACCCCAAGGAGGAUGCGUUCCCUCUCUACGGCGACUACCAGCCUCCCGGCUUAAAGAUCAAGGAGGAGGAGGAGGGCGUGGAGGCGGCCGCGCGCUCCCCGCGCUCGUACCUGGUGGCUGGUGCCAGCGCCGCCACCUUCCCGGAUUUCCCACUGGCGCAGCCGCCGCGUGCGCCCUCGUCCUCCAGGCCCGGGGAAGGAGCGGUGGCCAGCGCCCCUGGCAGCACCUCGGCGUCCUCCGCACCCUCUCCGGGGUCCACCCUGGAGUGCAUCCUCUACAAAGCUGAGGGCGCGCCGCCCGCCCAGGGUCCCUUCGCGCCCCUGCCCUGCAAGCCCCCUGGGUCUGGCUCCUGCCUGCUGCCCCGGGAAGGCCUGGCGUCCUCAGCCUCUGCCGCCGGGGCCGCCCCCGCCAUCUACCCGCCGCUUGGCCUCAAUGGGCUCCCGCAGCUCGGCUACCAAGCAGCGGUACUCAAGGAUGGCCUGACGCAGGUCUACCCGCCCUAUCUCAACUACCUGAGGACGGAUUCAGAAGCCAGUCAAAGCCCACAGUAUGGCUUCGAUUCCUUACCUCAAAAAAUCUGCUUGAUCUGUGGGGAUGAAGCAUCUGGCUGUCACUAUGGCGUGCUUACCUGUGGGAGCUGUAAGGUCUUCUUUAAAAGAGCAAUGGAAGGGCAGCAUAACUAUUUAUGUGCUGGAAGAAAUGACUGCAUUGUUGAUAAAAUCCGCAGAAAAAACUGCCCAGCAUGCCGCCUCAGAAAGUGCUGCCAGGCUGGCAUGGUCCUUGGAGGUCGAAAGUUUAAGAAGUUCAAUAAAGUCAGAGUUAUGAGAGCCCUAGAUGCCGUUGCCCUUCCUCCAUCAAUGGGCCUUCCGAAUGAAAGCCAAGCCCUGAGCCAGAGAAUCACCUUUUCACCAAAUCAAGAAAUACAGCUGGUCCCUCCACUCAUCAACCUGUUGAUGAGCAUUGAGCCUGACGUGGUCUAUGCAGGUCAUGACAACACGAAGCCCGACACUUCCAGCUCUUUGCUGACGAGUCUCAAUCAACUAGGCGAGAGGCAACUACUUUCAGUAGUCAAAUGGUCUAAGUCACUACCAGGUUUUCGAAACCUGCAUAUUGAUGACCAGAUAACUCUGAUUCAGUACUCCUGGAUGAGCCUGAUGGUGUUUGGCCUAGGAUGGAGAUCCUACAAGCACGUCAGUGGGCAGAUGUUAUAUUUUGCACCUGAUCUAAUCCUAAAUGAACAGCGGAUGAAAGAAUCAUCAUUCUAUUCACUGUGCCUUACCAUGUGGCAGAUCCCACAAGAGUUUGUCAAGCUUCAGGUGACCCAUGAAGAGUUCCUCUGUAUGAAGGUGUUGCUGCUUCUGAAUACAAUUCCCUUGGAAGGACUGAGGAGCCAGAACCAGUUUGAAGAGAUGAGGUCCAGCUAUAUCCGGGAGCUGAUCAAGGCAAUAGGCUUGAGGCAGAAAGGCGUGGUCCCCAGUUCACAGCGCUUCUAUCAACUCACAAAACUGCUUGACAGCUUGCAUGAGCUGGUGAAACAGCUCCAUCUCUACUGUUUGAAUACGUUCAUCCAGUCCCGGGCACUGGCUGUUGAGUUUCCAGAAAUGAUGUCUGAAGUUAUCGCAGCUCAGUUACCCAAGAUUUUGGCCGGGAUGGUGAAACCUCUUCUCUUUCAUAAAAAGUGAAUGUCAUUAUGUUUCUUCCAGAAAACUAAGUUUUGUGAUAUGUCUUUUUUUGUUGUUUGUUUCAGUUGGGAUGAUGAGGUCUUGAGUUUUUAUAAUGUUCUGAAAGCCUUACAUUUAUAACAUACCAUACUGGGUAAAUUUCUGAGAAAAGUUCAAGAUUCUAAUUUUCCUUUAUAAUGCUUAAGUAGGGUUUUCAAGCGUUUUGUGUAUCUAUAUUUUCUUGAAGAGUUUACAAAGGACUAAAUUUGAUUGUUGCAGUAAACUAUAUCUCAUACAUAUUAUUUCAUACUUUUUAAGUGAGAAUUUUUAACUUUUGCAUCUAGCAAAUCCACUUUAGACGAGAAGAAAGCCUUUGCAUUUAACAAUAAAAAUCAAUUGCAUAUGCUAA